AUGCACCAAACGUUGCCCCGACUAUGGUGGUCACGGCUGGUGAUCUCGGUUAGAGGAUAUGUUGUCAACUAUGUGGCUUCUGAUGAUGAAACUCUUUUCCAUGUCGACGAUGCUUUCAUCGCUAUUCACCGGUUUUUAGCUGAAGAAAAAGUGAACAGAGAAUCAGCAAAACAGUUUAUUCGUGAUCUUGAAGCAAUCCAUUCCUAUCCAAAAAUCAGUGAUAUUUUGCUUUCUCUUUGCACAGCGAACGCUUCGAGCACGAAUAUUUUCAAAGAAAGUCCGAUCUCUCAAGCUUUGCAGCGAAUUUUUGGCACAGCGAAUUUGAUAACGUAUCGCUUGGCAAAUGGACAAAAAUUCGCUUACAUCGUUUUCAUGAAUGUUCUCGGCAUUUUGCAAGCAAGAUGGCAAGCUGAAAAGGAAAAGAAAAAGGGAAUCAGAUUUGAAACCGAUCCUGAAUGGCAACCUGAUGAUCGAGUUGUUUUGUUUCAAGAGUUUUACAAAGGCAACCGAACAUGGGUGCUUCUUGAUUUCGAUCGGUAUAUCUUACAACAAUGGAAACCAAAAGGUUCUAACAUAAUCUUCGGCGAUCGUUUCAUCGAGAAAAAGCAAUCGGCUGG